AUGUAGUUGUUUUGUUCGGUUACAGAUUGGACUGGACACCUACUAUUGGACAGCUGUGAAUCACGUAUUUGUGUGGGGUAGCCUGGCUGUCUACUUUGCCAUUCUAUUCGCUAUGCACAGUGACGGCCUCUUCAGCAUAUUCCCCAGCCAUUUUCCUUUCAUUGGCACAGCCCGUAACUGUCUGACUCAGAAGAGUGUGUGGCUGGUUAUAAUGCUGACCACCGUGGCGUGUGUCAUGCCAGGGUUGGCAGUCCGCUUUCUGAAGACAGACCUUUACCCCACUCUGACAGACAAGGUGCGGAGCCUGCAGCAGGCCAGCAGAAAGCUGGGUCCCAAGGAGCAGAACCUGAGACGUGUUCGGAGGACCAGCUCCCGGCGCUCAGCCUACGCCUUCUCCCACCAACAGGGCUAUGGAGAGCUCAUAACCUCAGGGAAGAACAUGAAGGUCACCCCCAACACCGCUGCCCCGUCCCCAUCCCUGUCCCCAUCGUCCCCUGGAAGGGUCCACAACAGCAGAAGUUUGAUAGAGGGCAUGUCGAAGAGGAAGGGGGAAACACCGGUAGCCUGUGUCUCUGCUGAGGCCUACGGAACAUCCGGAACCUCGGAAGGCAACACUAGAACUCAACAGACUGUAAUGGAUUCUAAUGUUGUUUCCAAUGGGGCCAUUCAGACAUGACCCUUUACGAUCUGUUUUUAGAUUCCUAACAAGCUGUUUAGACUAUAAGAUGAUCCUGUGCGUCUACACCUGGCUCAGUGAGUAAGAGUUAGAGCAUGGUGCGGUCAACAUCAGGGUGGGGUUCGAUUUCCCACAUUGGAUCGAUCGGCCACAUAUACAGGUAACUGCCAAAGUAAUGGAAACACUUGAGUAAAUGAGGGUUCUGGCGGCUCUGUUAUGGUGCGAGGUGUGUUUUUCCUGCCAUGGUUUAUGUCCACUGAACCCCCUUAGAGAGCAAGGUAAACUCCAAUAAAUACACAGUCAUUCUGAGUGAUACACAGCCAUUUCUAUCCUGAUGGGAGUGGUCUCUUCCAGGAUGACAAUGAAACCCUAUCCACAGGGAACGAGUGGUCAAAGUAUGGUUUGAUGAGCAUGAAAACGGUGUAAACCAUAUGCCCACGGCCAUCUCAGUCAUCAGAUCUCAAAACAAUUGAACACUUCUAGAGCGGUGCCUGAGACAACAUUUUACACCACCAUCAAAAAAACAACACCAAAUUGAAAAUUAUUGUGGACGAAUGGUGUCGCUACCCUCCAAUAGAGAUUCAGGCAUUUAUAGAAUCUAUGCCAAGAGGUGCAUUAAAGCUGUUCUGGCUCGUGGUGCCCCCAACGCCCUAUUAAAACACUUUAUGUUGGGGUUUCCUUUAUUUUGGCAGGUACAUGUUUGUCACUGUCAAUGUUGACAGUUCUGUGAGUCACUUUGGAUAAAAGCGUCUGGUAAAUGACUAUACUGUGGGCACUGGACAAGCAGCAGCACACAAGAAAAUGGAGAGUAAGUCAAACUCAAUCAUCAGAGGACAUGAGCGCACCAGCAAGCAGGCUCCAAAAGAACCAGCACAGGAACCAGCACAGGAAUAUCCAAUCAGUUGCUGCUCUGGGAUCAACUCAUGUUCAAAAAGAUCACUAUAGGCUCUAGUCCAUCUGAAUCAGUGGAGCGUUACAGAUUUAAAUUCUAAGGUAAUUUUUUACUAUUGAGCCUUCGUCGGCAGUGUUUACCGUGAAUGCAGUCUCCGCUAACAUUGCCUUUAAAUUGAAAUCACACUGUAACGCUUAAUUUCCGCGAUACGGAUUGAAUAGAGACCUAAGCAUUGGAGUUUUGAUUUUUGGUGGAGAUCUCCUUUUCAAUAAAUGUAGUAGAUAGAUUUUUCAGUAGCCUGGGCUGGACAGGUAUGAGUUUGGUAUCAUAGCCACUUGAAACAGUGAUAAAAUACAGGUAUGUACUUCAGGCUGCUUUAGGAAAACAUUCAGCACAACUCUAUCGUUGUUACAACACUGUGUUACAAAUCAUCUUUUGCCGAUGACCAUGAAUAUGCUAAAUGUUAUUUAAAAAUUAAAAACAAUUCUGGUUUUACACAUACAGUAAGUCAUCGUGAUAAUUAAAUUAAAAUCAGAUAGAAACUACCUCAACAAAGAUGAGGUUUAGGAUGCUGACUGAAAGAAUGUUCAGAAUGUUUUUGAGGUUUAGAAUGCUGACUGAAAGAAUGUUCAGAAUGUUUUUGAGGUUUAGAAUGCUGACUGAAAGAAUGUUCAGAAUGUUCUUGAGGUUUAGAAUGCUGACUGAAAGAAUGUUCAGAAUGUUCUUGAGGUGUAGAAUGCUGACUGAAAGAAUGUUCCAAAUGUUCUUGAGGUUUAGAAUGCUGACUGAAAGAAUGUUCCAAAUGUUCUUGAGGUUUAGAAUGCUGACUGAAAGAAUGUUCCAAAUGUUCUUGAGGUUUAGAAUGCUGACUGAAAGAAUGUUCCAAAUGUUCUUGAGGUCUAGAAUGCUGACUGAAAGAAUGUUCAGAAUGUUCUUGAGGUUUAGAAUGCUGACUGAAAGAAUGUUCCAAAUGUUCUUGAGGUUUAGAAUGCUGACUGAAAGAAUGUUCAAGAUGCAUGUUUUUACCUUUAAUGGAGAGAACAUAAUUGUGCCUUUUACUAAUUUAAGCAUUUAUCACACGUCUGAACAUAGACAUAACCGUUCAAUAGUCACAGGAGGUUGGUGGCACUUUUAUUGGGGAGGAUGGGCUUGUGGUAAUGGCUGGAGUGGAAUAGGUGGAAUGGUACCAAAUACAUCAGACACAUGGUUUCCAGGUGUUUAAUGCCAUUCCAUUUGCUCCGUUCCAGCCAUUAUUAUGAGCCGUCCUCCCCUCAGCAGCCUCCACUGGUCAAGGUCUUUGUCAUAAGUUGGCUUUAUCCUUCAUUUACAUUUAAAGGUGCAACCUGCAAUAGUUACAGGCAGCUGUUCAAUGGUCGUUGUAUACCAAUUGCUUUUUAAAGAAUAUCAUGUUGAUCUGAUGGUCUGUAGAGACCGUAAAGCGCCAUCUAUGAAUUUAGGUAUUGAUUUAAUUUCUCAAGCCCCAUCCCUCAGCUUUAUGGCAAAAACAGUGGUGGGGCUGCCGUUCGGCUGGAAAAGUGAAUCACAGAUUGAGACUUUAAAACGGUAUGAAGAGAAGGCUUUCCUGUCAACUUCCUGUAACGAAAGGGAAUCCAUACUGUAGGGAAGCUCAAUGCGAACCCUCUGGCUGUCAGCAUUCUACAGCCUAAUUGCCCUAUUUGGUAUUUGGUCACACACACUCUCUCUCUAACACAUUGUUAACCUGUCAGACAUGGAUGCUUGCAGAAUGAAAACAUUAUGUUUUUUCCAUUAGGCUUAUGCUUUGAAUGCUGAAAUUCAAUACAAUCAUUUGUUAACAUCUCAUUUUUAUUUUUUUUGAAUGUUUAUUUUUAUUUUUUUAAGCUAAGAAUUAAUUUAAUCUUGAAUGUGUUGGUGAUGCAUCGUUUUAUUUUAUAUUUUGUUUCUACCGACAAAAACUGAAACACUGUCAUUUUUAUUUGUUAAUGUCCGCUUCUUGAACUUGGAAAUAAUGUUUUUCAGCGAGUGUGUUUUUAUUUUAUUUUUAUAUAUAUACACAAAUAUACAGCUGUUCAUAUUG